CUAGACAUGGGUGAUGUUUUGCAUUAAUACGAGUGGUUGAUAAGUGUCAAUCAAAUUCAAUCACACCCUCCUACUUAUAGAUGUGGGUGUGCAUCGCCGUGAUUAACCUCACCAUACAAACACAAUACAAAUCGGACAACUAUGGCUAUACCUCCACAAGCAGACUUCUUCUAUACGGGAAAAUGGUCUCCGGCAUGCGAUGAUGCGUUGGUGGACUGCCUCAUCAUGCUGAAGGAGGAACGGGAUGUGACGAAAAACAUUUACCCUGCGUGGUUCAUCCUUACGGCGUGCGAUUGGAUCAAGAACAAAGUAAGUGUUGUGUUCUCCGAGCUAGAGCUGACUGAUCGGAUAGAAAUGUUGCGGAAGCGGUAUUACACUUUCAAAGCAGUCCUCCGGCUCCGAGGUGCGUACUGGAACCCCCAGCUGAAAGCGGUCGUAGCACCACAAGAGUCGUGGGAUAACAUGCUUAAGAUGAACACAUUUGCGGGUGCUUACUACUAUGAGGAAGAACCGAUUUGGGCACGUCUCGCGUGUGUGUUUGGGUUCGACGAUAUAAAGGUAGAGGGACAACAUGAUGUGGUCGUCAUCUCCGACAACACCGAAGAGCUAGGUGCACACGAAGUCACUGUCCAAGCUGAUGCCGGUGGGGAAGAGGAGGUGAACUCUCCUAGGGUGUUCCCUGGACCGAAGGUGCGGCGGAAGUUGUUUGAGGCUGACCUACUGCCCAAUGAUCGAGAGUCAAGCAACGAGUCCGGGAUAUAUUUCAUCGACUUAACAUCAGACGGGCAGCUGCGGACAAGGGAAGAGAAGGGCAGGAUUCUAUAUCAACCAACCAAACCGUCUGGUGAUGGUUCUGGGCCUUCACACGUGAAGUCCCCCCGUGCAAGUUCUUGCGGCUCUAACUCCCCGAUGAAGAUGUCUAACCAGAUACGAGGCCGUCCAUGACAGGGCACCACAACAAGGUCGUUUUGAUAUCUUCCACGCUAGUCGUUCUAAUGAAGGUUAUAUAUUAUGGUUAUUUUGCAGGUUUAUUUCCCGGAAUUGGAACUAUGUAUGUAGUAAGGAAGACCUUUUGGGCAGUGUUGUAUGGCAAAAUAUUGUACAAAUCGAUGCCAUUGUGGUGGGUGUAGACGUUUUGUGAUGUGGUGUAUGAAAUAUAACCAUUGCAAUCACCCUA